CUAAGGUCAAGGCGUCGUUGAAGUCACACUUCGCAACCGUACCGUCAUUUCGUUUCCGUUCGUUGCCACAACGACCUGCCAAGCGUUUUGGCGGUUUACUUCGUCGUUUUCGCUUGGUUGGACCAAAAACAAUGCCGGCGCAGAGGCGCUCAAACGACGCUUCAGAGGUGGUUGCUCUGCGAAACGACCAUGAGCAACCUGAAGAUGAAGUUGAAUCCGAUCGAAGCGGUUCCUUGAGCGACGAAGACAAGGAUGAAUUUGUGGUUGUAAAAUUGUCAGACAUACGCAAGGAAGUUCAGUGUCCUAUCUGCCUAGGCAUCAUACGAAAAACAAGAACUGUUAUGGAAUGCCUGCAUCGCUUUUGCAGAGAGUGUAUAGACAAAUCCAUGCGCCUUGGUAACAAUGAAUGCCCUGCUUGCCGUACGCAUUGUGCUAGCCGACGCUCUCUCAGAGAUGACCCAAACUAUGAUGCUUUGAUUGCUGCUCUCUAUCCAAAUAUUGACAAGUACGAGGAGGAGGAAUUGGCUUUGCAUGCAGAUGAGGUGAUUCACAAUAAUCAGAAGGUCCAAGCUUCCAUUGCCCAGACUCUCCGACGUCAAACAGAAGCAUUGAGUAAGAAACGGAAUGCCAAAGCAACAACUAUAGCUUUUGUGAGGAGAUCACAAGGUAACUAUCGAACUUCACAUCUGAGGAGACGAAGAAGCUUCGUAAAUGCUGGUGAACUUCAGGUAUCCAAUGAAAAUGAGUAUGUGAAUGAUAAUGAUGCGAGGAAGGACUCAUCUUCUGGUGAUGAGCCAACAGAAACCAGGUCAAGAAGAGGCAGAAGAGGUAGAGAACGAGAAACACAAUUUCCUCAUCACUUUGCUACCGCUGAUGGAGAUGGAACUGGUGAUGAAAAUAUUCCAGAAGUGACUAGAGAAAUCACAAGUCCAUCUGGUACACUUGCAUGGGGAAAGAAUGGACACCGGAGUCACACCCGAGCCAAUGGCAAGAAUGCCAGGAACAGUCGCCUCUCCAAAUUAGUUGAUCAUCUUCGAAACUCAGAAGUAAAUGAUGACAAGUUGGAAAUCCCCCUCAUGCUUGUCUCUUUGGAUGAGCAAAGGAUACCAAGUUUGCACGAGCCAUACCUUUACUGCAAGCCUACCUUGUCAGUCAAGCAACUGUGCCAGUUUGUUGCAAUUAAAACUAUGCUGCUGGCUGAUGAAGUUGAAUUAUGCUUGGUAGAAGAGCCACAAGCCAGCAUUAUAAGAGGAAAAAGAACCGUUGAGCCAGACAAAGAUAAAUUGCGUGUUCUUGGAGAUCAAGAAACUUUGGCUGAGCUUGGGACUUAUCAUAAUGUCAGCUGUGGUCAUCUGCUCUUUGCUUAUAAGUUGAAGUAGCGGAACUCGGACACAGUUGGAUUGAGCUGAAUAAUGAGCAGCCACCUGAACCGUUCUUUGUUUAGUGCAUAAUUAUACAGAGCAGUCAGUUUUAUCAUUUUUUUAAUAUCUUCCCCAUGUUACAGAAAAGGGGAUUGAAGUU